AUGAUGGCUUCUUACGCGAGUUUUGGCAAUAGUAAAGUGGAUAAAUUCCCUCAAAUUUUGUGGGAACAGAAAAGUUCUUCGGCUUAUAAAAAUUUGUGCUUAGUUAGUGCCGUUUUCGCCUUUAGUGUUGGAUUAACUAUAGGAAUAUUAAUUCCCCUAAUGUACUUUAAUAAUGGUUAUACUGUAUCAACAAAUAAUUCAUCAUCAUCAGAGGAUAAAGUGCUUCCAAAUGCUUCAUCAAUUAUAAGGACUAUUUUUCUAAACAACAGUUAUGGUUAUAUGAACGUUUCAAAAGUUGUGUAUCCAACAGUGUCUUUUGUGGAAUCUUCCAAACCUAGUGCAAAAGAAAAUAACGAUUUUAUUGAAAAUGGCAUUUAUUGGGGCAAACAAAUUGAAAAUGCUCUUCCUGAAGGAUACAGAGACCAAAAACACACAAUAUGGAGUGAUUAUGUUAACAAAGCUGUAGCAAUUCGCAUGGAAAAUGGUUGCGGCAGAAUGCAAAAUCGUUUAGUAACUUUCCAGGAUGGCUUACAAGGUUGCGUCAGAUACAGACAAAAUACUGACCAAAUCCAGGGAGAACUAUUUAGCUUUUAUUUAGCUCAAAUUUUGAAGCUGCCAAAUUUAGCUCCAAGCGCUGUCAGCAUUGUGGAUUUGGAUUCACCCUUAUGGUCGAAUUUACAUAAUGAAAUUGCUUCUGCCCAAUGGAAUUCAAAUAGACCAAUCGUUUUGACUCAAUUCAUUUCAAAUUUGAACUCGGCUAAUAUUCCAGCAGUUUUUAAGCCUUUGGAACGUCAUUUGAAUAAAUAUGACGUGAUGAAUAUGACCAAAAGUCUUUUGAUGGACAAAAAUGAUGUUUUGAAAAAUUUGGUUGAACUAGCUCAAUGGUCAGAUUUAAUUAUCUUUGACUAUUUAACGGCAAAUUUGGAUAGAAUCGUUAAUAAUCUCUACAAUUACCAAUGGAAUGUGAACAUUAUGGAUGCUCCAGCUCACAAUUUAGCUAAAAAAGCGGACAGUGAACUGUUACUAUUUCUGGACAACGAAUCAGGACUAUUACACGGAUAUCGUUUAUUGAAAAAAUACGAAAUCUAUCAUUCGAUUUUGUUGGACAAUUUGUGCGUGUUCCGAAAACAGACUGCGAACGUUAUUAAAAAGUUAAAAACUAAAGGUAAUAUUGGUAAACUAUUACGGGACAUGUUUGAGAAAAGGAAUAGUGCCACAGUAAAGGAUAUUUUACCAACGUUACCGGACAAAAGUGUGAAAAUUCUCAAUGAGAGAAUUGAGAAAGUCUACAAUCAAAUCAGCAGAUGUGAGUCGAUAUUUUCGAAUACAUAG